CACAGAGGGAAUUAUUCGCACAUUUACGGCCUCCAUGCCAUCAUCCAGCUCAUCUUUCUGCACUGGCUGCAUGUCAUCACAAUGCACAUGGUCUGUGUGACACACUGGCUGCAGCUGCUAUGUUUAGAAGUUGUUCUCAGAGCUGUGAAAACACAAUGGACACCCAGCUAGAGACAGAUUGCUCUAAGAUUGAAUACUCUCACAUUUAAAAAAAAAAAAAGGUCAUGCGCUGUGGUUUUGGUUGGAUCAAACUCCUCUUGGAAUAACCUUGGAGUCUGCCAGGAGACCUGAUGAAGGACUGUGGCAUGGAAGUGUUGAAGUCCAGCUGCUCCUCGUCGAGAGGCUGUGAAGCCUCAGGCAGACUGAGGGUCAACAUUAACGGCAGCGUUUUCACAACUGAUAAGGCCACUGUCAUUGAAAGCUGUGAGUACUUCAGAGCUCUGUUCCAGUCAGGAAUGAGAGAGUGCAACCAGGAGGAGAUCCAGCUGCAGUCCAUCGGAGCUUUGGGAUUUCUGGUCCUGCUGCAAGUGCUCCGUGGAGAGCGACCCGUGCUCGACAGCGACCAGAUUGUGGAAGCCAUUGAGUGCACAGCUUUCCUCCAGGUUUCAGCUCUCACCAAACACUUGAUCAGCAUUAUCAGCUCUGACAACUGUGUGCUCAUGUACCACACAGCCUCCACCUACGGAGUGUGGGAGCUAUCCCACCACUCAGCUUUAUUCAUCAGAGACAUGUACGCUGAAUUGAAGGAGGAGGUGCACACCUUGCCCAGGAAACUAGUAGAAUACAUUGAAUCACUUUUCCCAAGCAGCUACAUGGCAGUGUGCAGCCACUCUCCCUCCUCUGAGCUGCUGCACGACAUCCAGAGGACGGUCUGCUACCUGGACGAGGAGCAAAACAAGUGGAGGAUCCUCACACAUCUACCUCCCAGCGCCAGCACUACCAUGGCAGGUGUGGCCGUUCUCGACAACAAGCUGUACAUCAUCGGAGGGGUGCGGGAUAUGAGUAAGAAGGUGGUGGAGGCUGGAUUCUGUUAUAACCCAAACGAUAACUCUUGGUCCACCAUCUGUGGCCCUCAGCAGUUGCGGUACGACUUCACACUGAUAGGUCUAGAGGGCUGCUUGUACGCUCUGGGAGGGAAAAACAACAUGAAAGUCCUCUCAUCUGUGGAGCACUUCAGGGUGUCUGAGGGGAGCUGGGGUUUUGACUGUCCCCUGCCUUGCCCAGCUGCCUCCGUAGUGUCUACUGUAGCCAGGAACAGGAUUUUUAUCUGUCUCUGGAGAGGAAAGGGGGCCACAGAUAUUUAUGAGUAUGUACCUGAAGAAGAUCAGUGGAUUCUGGUCACUACCCUCAUUCGUCAGCAUAGUUAUGGUCUGUACAUGGUGGCUCAUAAGGAUAACCUGUAUGUGAUGCGUAACGGACCUUGCGAAGACUUCUUACUGUGUGUGAUGGACUGCUACAAUCUCACUUUAGGUCAGUGGACGGCUUUGUCGGGUCAGUACGGAAACAGCAAGGGCUCUCUGUUCACCGCUGUGGUCAGAGGGAACUCUGUGUUCACCCUCAGCAGACAUGUGACCACUGAGUACACUGUGGAAGAAAACAGGUGGACAGUGAAACGUCAGAUGGAAGGUUUUGGCAGGAUUGGAUCCAUAUACACGUUUCUGAUGAGGCUUCCUAAACCCACUGUUUCUCUCAUGGAAAACUGUCCAGAUUUGACAACAAAACAAACGAUCAGAAACCUCAGUGAAUGUUCCAGGUUGUCCUUAGAGUGCUCUGAUAACCUUUAAGAGACGCUCCUCUUCAUUUGUUUUGGUUAUUUUCAAAGGACGAAAUUUUAUAAAGAAGGGCAAACUAAAGCAAAGAAUCUGUGGAUUUUGAUGCCAAAAAGCAGAAUUUAGAGUUGAACAAAAUAAUGCAUCUCUGACAUUCUGUAUUUUAUCACGAGACGAGUGCUACUUUUCAUGAAUGUUUGCUUUCUCACAAGCUCAGCCUAGAUCACAGAGGUUGACUGUAAUCGGAGAAAACAGAUUGAUACCCUGUAUAAUUAGAACACAUGGUCUAAAAGAUCUGAAUGUUCAGUUCUGUUGAUGUUUUCCCAAAAGUUUUUGCAUCCAAUUACUCAUGACGACAUCCCCACCAUGACCUACACCUGUCAUAUCACAUCUAUUUUCCUUAAAGCCCCCUUUCCUACUCCCAAGCCAAGCUGUGUGUGCCUUGCUACACCCCAAGUUUUAAAACGUUCAAAUGGACUUGUUUUGGUGCCAACACCUUCGAUGUAAAACCAAUCUUCAUGGUAUAUCUAGAUGAUUAUUUCUGUCACGUCUGUUCCUGUGAUGCCAUCCUUCAUCCUAAUCCUGUUUUAUUUACUUAGCAUGAUUCUUGGACUGUUAGGAUGAGGCUGCAUGCAUCUUGUCUACUCCAGGUUGUUAGCAUAGGCAUGAGGUUAUCGUUGACAGUUCUGCCUCAAAUCCUCUGUGACUGAGCCACACCGAUGCAUACAUGGGCCCCACAUCAUGGAUUCACAGUCACCAUGUUGCACUUUAGACGCUGAUACGAUGCCUCCAUGAUGGUGAACAAGACAACCUCGCAACCGUAUUUUUGAAGCUUGAAACUCUCUGUGACCUAUCAAGUUUGGUCACUCUUAAAGGGAAGCCCACUGAGUUUAAUACUCACUGGUAGACCUUAGUAAGACCCUCCCACAAAUACCUUAUUCAGGCAGAUUUUGUGGACUGGGUUGUCAUCCUGUGUGAAGGGAUAUUUUAAAAAUGUAUGCACAUAUAUUCAAACUGCAGCUUUUGUGUUUUACAGUGAAAGGCUUCCUGCUGGAAAAUGUGAAACAAUAAAUCUUGAGGUAAUGAGACAUGAUGCCGGAACUGUACAGCAGUAUGAGAAUUGUUCUUUACAGUGUAUGGCAGCUAAGGCUCAUUGAUGGUUAUACUUUGUGUUUAAAUGAACACAUUGUGCUAGACAGCACAACGUUCAGAGUAAUGCAUUUCUGCAGGAUGCCUGGUUUAUUUGUACAAAAAAGUUUGUGUGCCUUGCUGAGACAGCAGAGUUCAACAGCCUGUAACACAAGAAAGGAAUGCAGUAAUAUGGAUUUUAGUAUGUUUUAAACAUCAGCAUUGAUGCUAAUCUUGUACGUUCAAAGUCUAAUCUUAAUCAGGUACUUAACAGUGUGUGAAGCAGAACCAGGAGUUCCCAGAAAGGUGUGUGUUAAACCCACUUGUGUUUUUUUUUCAAUGGAAAUACAAACAGGAGUAACUUGCUUACAACCUGAAUUCCAUCCUGUUUCCUUGCUGUACUGCAUGUAUCCAUUCACAGUACAUCUUAGUUCUGUCUCUUCCAGAAAAAAAGAAGAAAUAACAGCAGAAGUAAGUAAGUAAAUAAGUAAAUAAGUAAAUAAAUAAAUAUGUGAA